CGGAGUUAAAUUGGGCGGCGGCUGGGUCUGGUCCGCCUGCUGCGCUUUGCCUUGCUUGGCCGCCUGGGAGUGCGCCUGGCUCCAGGGUCAGCGCGGAAUCGCUGCUGAGUCUCUGGCGAACAGCCUGAAGGGACCAUCUGCACUUUUCUCUCGGCGAAACUCGGACGGGAAAUGGAAGGAGGGAAGGCACAGUGCACUAAUGUGAUUGGUAAUAAUCGUGAAGUUCCCAAGGAGAGAAUAAUAAAGUUUAAACCUCCACUGUACAGACAGCGGUACCAGUUUGUUAAAGAUAUAGUGGAUCAGCAUGAACCCAAGAAGGUUGCAGACCUGGGAUGUGGGGAUACAUCACUCAUAAGGCUGCUGAAAGUCUACCCCUGCAUCAAAGAGCUUGUUGGAGUAGACAUUGAUGAGGAUAAGUUACGAUGGAGAGGGGAUCAGCUGUCUCCCUUCAUGGGGGAUUUCCUCAAACCACGGGAUCUGGAUCUGACCAUUACCUUGUAUCAUGGCUCUGCAGUGGAGAGAGACUCGCGUUUGCUUGGAUUUGAUCUGAUUACGUGUAUUGAACUAAUAGAACAUCUGGAUUCGGGUGAUCUGGCCAGAUUUCCCGAAGUGGUAUUUGGGUACAUGUCUCCAGCCAUGGUUGUCAUCAGCACACCAAACUCGGAAUUCAAUCCCCUGUUUCCAACAGAGAACUUAAGAGAUUCAGACCAUAAGUUUGAGUGGGACAGAAUGCAGUUUCAGACCUGGGCUUUGUUCGUGGCGAAUCGCUAUGGUUACUCUGUGGAGUUUACUGGUGUGGGGGACCCGCCAGCUGGAGCCGAGAGCGUGGGCUUCUGUACCCAGAUAGGCAUCUUCCGGAAGAAUGAAGAAAGGGCCGCCGAAUCGAGGGUUUCGGAGCGGCAGGACGAGCACGUGUACAAAGCUGUUUUCACAGCUUCCUACCCAAGUCUACAGCAGGAGAGGUUCCUUAGACUUGUCCUAGUGAAUGAAGUGUCCCGACAAGUGGAGAGCUUGCGGCUGAAGCACCUGCGAAGGCUGAGAGAAGAGGGGGAGGGGUUGCUGGGGAUACAGCCACUGGAGAAUGACAGCAACUUCCCCUCCUUCGGGCCGGUCUUCACUGACGCAGAGAAAGCCAGGAUAGAGAAUUCUCCCAAACCCUUUGUGGCGGGAAGGAAGUUCUUUGUGCCCCUGCGAAGACUCGUGGCCUAUCCCAAACUGCACCGCAUCUGCCCUAAUGAAGACGUGAUGAGGUCACUGGUGGACGACUGCGUCAGCUUGAGCAGCGAUGGUUCUGCAGUGGUGGUUGACCUACACGAUCAUUACGAUUACCUGUUUGAAAUUUGAGCCAUGCGUAUUUCCUGAGAUUCAGGGUCUUUAGUGAUAGUUGGGCUAUCACUACAUUUUUAAUUUUCUGUGUAGUCAUAAUUCAGGUAAUUUUUUUAAGUUGUACCCCAAAAGUCAUGUCCUUAGCAGGUAGACAGGUGAGUCUGACACAGAGCCAGACUCCUCUUCACCUAAGAAGGAUUUAGCUAAAGGUGGUAGGUUUUCCUUUGAAACCAGAAGUUUUCUGUUUUCUCAGGAAUGAAGAAGUUGGACGUGGUAAUGUGUCAGUUUUUAACUUAUGCAUAUAUUAUGUUAGAGU